AUGGAUCGGGUGCAAGUGAUCCAGUUCAGAGCAGCUCUGAAGGAGUUGGAGAAUGUAGAGGCUCUCCGGAAUUCAUCUGUAUUAAGCCUUCACCUCCCAUCAUCUUCCUCCCUGAUACUCGUAAAAAAUAGAGUCAAGGAUGAACAAAGCCGCGCGGCCAACAUAAAAUCCGUUUCCAACCGCUCUUCAGUGCAAGAAGCACUGAGGAGUGCUGUGGAUAUGUUAUCCACCGUCAAUGUCAUGCCACCCCAUGGGCUUUUAGUGUUUUAUGGCCAAUCUGUUCUCAACAGAGCAACCGGCGAGGUGAGUCACCUUCGCCGAACGUUAACACCUCCUGAACCAGUCCAAGAGUUUAAAUACGAUGUCAGCAAGACAUUCUCCACACACUCACUGCACCAACUACUCGUCUCCCAAGAGGGAGGCGUUGGCUACAUCAUCCUCGAUGGUUCAGCAGUUGCCCUUGGAACGCUCUCUGAAAAUGGACUAAAAGUCCACCACCAUGAGAACGUGGACAUUCCAAAAAAGCACGGGAGAGGUGGCCAGUCCGCUCCCAGGUUCCAGCGCAUCCGCCUGGAAAAAAGGCAAUUGCUGGUGAAGAAAGUGCAGGCCCUGGUAGAAGGGGGUCCUGGUCAGCUGAAGGACCAGUUGGUGGAGCGUCUACCCCAGCUCUUGAAGGGUGCUGUAAGAUGUGUAGAAAACACCUCAUACUCCGGCCGCCAAGGGCUGAGGGAGGCCAUCAAUGCCACACGGGACCUCCGCCAGCACAUGCUUUUGGAAAAGUCUAACACUGUCCUCAGUUCCAUAUUUGAAAAACUCAGGAUCGAUGAACCGGACAUGGUCUGCUUUGGUGAUGAAGUUCGAGCGGCCAUGGAGGAUGGUGCCGUCCAAGUUGUAGUGCUAUGGGACGAGUCCCCUGAAGUCGCCUGGUUCGCAGAAAACUGUCCUGAGGAGACCGAAUUACUUGUGAUACCCAACAGAACUAAUAAUACAAACAUGAUAGUAAGUACGUUUGGGGGGAUAGCAGCCUUAAAUAAAUACCCAAGAGCCGUCCCACAGGAAGAGGAGGCCGAGUGA